AUGUCAAAUAAACGCAAACACAAGACACUAGAUUUGAAUAAUAAAAUGGAGAUUUUAAAGAAGUUAGAUAGUGGAGAAAACAUGUGCAAAUUGGCAAAAGAAUAUGGUGUUGGGCGUGCUACUAUACACGAUCUUAAGAAAAAAAGGCAAAAGAUAGUAGACCACGUCAAAACAAUGGAAUCGGGGCCAGGAAAGCGUAAAACACUAAAAGUUGGCGAUUGUCCAAAGAUGGAAAACGCUCUUUACAUGUGGUUCUUGCAACGGCGUUCUAAACACACUCCUAUAUCUGGAGAAAUUCUGAAAACCAAAGCAAUCGAAUUUUAUAAAAAAAUUACCCACAAAGAUGAUUUUCGUGCCAGCGAUGGAUGGCUGGAUAAAUUUAAAAAGCGAUUUGGUAUCCGUCUCUUAACAGUAUCGGGUGAGAAAUUAUCAAGCGACGAAUCUGCAGUACAGCCAUUUAUCCAGCAUUUCAAAAACAAAGUAGAAGAACUGGGUCUUCUUCCUGAUCAAAUCUAUAACGCAGAUGAGAGUGGUCUGUUCUGGAGACUGUUGCCCAAUAAAACAUUCGUGUCUUCUACAGAAGCAAGUGCACCAGGUCGUAAAGUGAGUAAAGACAGAAUCACAUUCAUGCCGUGUUCAAAUGCUACUGGAACGCACAAAUUGGAUUUAUUAGUGAUUGGCAAAGCAAAAAAUCCCAGAGCUUUCAAGAACAUUUGUCUGCCAGUCUGUUACAAGAACCAAAGUAGAAGUUGGGUCACGAGAGAGGUAUUUAGCGAAUGGUUUCAUAAAGACUUUGUCCCAGAAGUAAGAAAAUUUAUGAAAAGAUCUAACUUGCCCAUAAAAGCUUUACUCGUACUUGACAAUGCUCCAGGCCACCCAAACGAACAAGAACUUAAAUCAAGUGAUGGGAAUAUCCAAACCAUCUUCUUACCACCAAACUGCACACCUUUACUGCAGCCGAUGGAUCAAAACGUUAUCCAAAAAAUAAAGUCUUUGUAUAAAAAUAAAUUGCUGAUCCAUAUUAUAUCUCAGGAUGGUGAUAUAACGCAGAGCCUUAAAGGAAUGAAUUUGAAGGAUGUUGUAUUCUCUCUCGCUCAUGCUUGGAAGUCUGUUUCAUCUAACUUAAUCCAAUCUUCAUGGAAAAAGUUAUGGCCCACAAUGAAUGAUGUAUCAGAAACAGAAGAAACAGAUGAAUGGGAUCCUGAAGAUAAUAUGCCUAUUGUCGAUUGGUUAAAAAAUCUAUCAGAAAAAGGAUUGGAGACAAGUGAGGAAAAUUUAAAUUCUUGGUUUGAAGGAAUCGAAGAAACAGAGCAAAUUAUGACAGAUGAAGAAAUAAUAUCUGAAGCAGUACAAGAAGAAAGCUUUGUAGAAAUAUUAGAGCCACCAACUACUACAACUGCUAUAAGAGUUAAACCAGAUAAUGCAUUGAUGUGUUUCAAUACGUGCAUAACAUGGGCAGAAGAAAACGGCAUGUCUGCCAAAGAUAUUAUAAUUCUUCGCAACAUGCGAGAAAAGGUUUUUAAGCAAGGACUACAAGUUGCACAAAAGCAGACCUCAAUUAAGGAUUAUUUUAAAACUACAUAG